GAAAAAUAUUGUUUAUACAAUUAAAUUAUUUCCAUGAAUUUUCUUCCAAAAUAUAUUUAAUAAUACUUAGAUAAAAAAAGAUUGUUUAACAAUAAGGCGUCUGUAUCGUAGCUUAAAUCAAGCAAAAGAGUUUCUUUUUACUUCGCGCGGAGGAUCUUCGAAUGUCGCCUACAGUAGUCCUAUACCUAGGUUCUUGGUAAACUGCAGCUCUGCAACCAUGUCAAGGAGCGAGAUUCACAAAGUUACAAAGUUCCUCUGAAAAUAUUUCAAUUGCAAUCGCGCUCCCGACUCUUCAUUAUAUCGUGCUAUAAGCAACGAUUUAAAUAUAUAGCUGAGUAAUUAUAAAUCAUGGGUUAAAUGUUUAUUAACAACGUAACUUAAUUUAGUAGUUAAUUUUUCAACAUUUUGAGGACGUCAUUAUUGUAAUGUGUUGUGUUAAAUAUGACUGAUAUUAAACAAUCUCAACACCAUCAAAAUCAACAACAUGAACAAUAUGAUCAUCAUAAUUCCAAUCAAAUGAUACCAGAAGAAUUAUAUAAUUUAACACAAUUAGCUGAAGUAACAUUGGCAGCUGGUUAUAUAAACAAAGAUAAAUCUAAAGAUGAAAUCAAUUCAAUGAAUACAUUAACAACAUAUCAACAAAAAUAUCCAAUAAAUUCAAUAGAAAUUAAUAAAAAUUUUAAAGAAUUUAAAUAUAAAAAAAAUAAUUAUGAUGAUUUGCGGCAAGAAAGCAAUCAAACACCAAUGAUUGAUACAAAUUAUUUAAAUAAUCAUACAAAUAAUCAAUUUCAUAAGAAUAAUAUAAUUAACUAUAAUAAUUUUAAUAUAUAUAAUAAAAAUUGUAAUCAAAAUAUUAAUGGUAAUUUAAAUAUAAGUAAUAUUAAUAAUGAACAUAAUAUUAAAAUAAAUAAUAAUGACAAAGACAAUAUGAAUACAAAUUAUAAUAAUAUUAACAAUAAUAAUAAUAAUAAUAAUAAUAAUAAUAACAAUGAUGCAAGAAUAACAAAUUUCUAUUCAUUUCCAUUAUCUGAAAAUAAAGAUAAUAUAACAAAUACAUUAUCUUUAUCAUCAUCAUCUUCAUCAACUUCAUUAUUACUAUCACAAUCAAUAGAUAAUCAGAAUAUAAAUACAUUUUCAACACCUCCAUUAUUACAAUCUUCAUCAUCAUCAUUAUCAUCAUCGUCAUCAUUGUCAGAUGAUGAAACUUCUUCACAUUACAGUCAUAAAAUAUUUGAUCGAAAAGCAUCUAGAAGAUCAACACUUUCUGAUUUAAUACGAUAUGAUGAUUCAAUAUCAUGUAGCAGUACAAAUAGUAAUGAUGAUAUACCUAAAAAAGACAAUAACAAUAAUAAAUAUAAUAUUAAUAAAAAAUAUUUUCAUACAAAUUGUAGUAAUAAUAACAAUAAUAAUAGCAAUUGCAACAGCAAUGAUAAUAAUUGUAAUAACAUUAGAACUACUACUAGUAAUAAUCAACAAAUGAUUAUAAAUGAUGGUAUUAAUUUAAAUAAUAAUAAUAAUAUUAAUCAUUUUGAAAACAAUAAUGCUGCGUGUAAUAGUAAUAAUAAUAGUAUUAAUAAAGAAUUUGAACAAGGCAAUUUAUUAAAUACAUCUGAAUCUAAUUCAAUACUGACUAGUAGUAGUGAAGACGAACAUAUUUGUCCAGAAUGUGGUAAAAAAUAUUCAACAUCAUCAAAUUUAGCAAGACAUAGGCAAACGCAUAGAUCAAUCUCAGAUAAAAAAGCUAGAAAAUGUCCAUUUUGUGAAAAAGUUUAUGUUUCAAUGCCAGCAUUUUCUAUGCAUGUUCGAACACAUAAUCAAGGUUGUAAAUGUGAACAUUGUGGCAAAUGUUUUUCUCGGCCAUGGUUGCUGCAAGGUCAUAUAAGAACACAUACCGGUGAGAAACCAUUUCAUUGCGGUAUUUGUUCUAAAGCAUUCGCCGAUAAGUCAAAUCUUCGUGCACAUAUACAAACACAUUCGAAUACAAAACCACAUUCAUGUCGACGAUGUGGUAAAUCAUUCGCUUUGAAAUCAUAUCUUUAUAAACAUGAAGAAUCAUCGUGUAUGAGAAAUCAUUUGAAACAAGAGAAACAAUCAAAAACUGAACAUCAAAAAUCUAGUAAAAAUAAUACAACAAAAUCAACAUUAGCAACAAAAAUAUUACAAAAAGAAUUACAAAAUAAACGUAUACAAGAGCAAUUACAAUAUAAAAUUCAACAAAAUCAACAUCAACAACAACAUCAACCGCAACAUCAAUAUGUUCAACAACAGCACUUAUCAUCAAAUUUGAUUCCAAUGAAUAAUGAAAAUAAUGAAAAUAAUAUUUUAACACAUCAUCAUAAUUACCCAGAAAAACAAUUUUCAAUGGAAAAACAUAUUUUAACAAAUAAUACAUGGCCAGAUUGUCAUCAUACAUCAACAUAUGAUUAUCGAAAUGAUACAAAUAAUUAUAUUUCAUCAGUUUCAUCAUCAUCAUCAACAUGUUCAUCAUCACCAUCAACAGCAGCAGCAUUAGCAGGAACAGCAGCAAUGUCUUUAGAAGAUAAUCAUAAAUCUUAUGUAACUUUAACAACACCAACAGUUGCUGCAUCACAAAGUUUACAUUUAAGUAAUGAUGAUUAUAGCCGUUAUAAUAGUCGUAUUAGUGUUAUUCGUGCACCAAUAUCAUCAUCAUCACUUAUUACGUCAACAAAUUUAGAACAUAUUAUUAUAGCUGCUACAACAUCUUCAUCAACAACUGAUCAACAUCAAAUUAAUUAUUUUCAUAAUCAAGAGAAUCCAGUUGAUUAUUCACCAAAAAAUCAAUUUACACAUUCAACAAAGACAAGUCCUUUUGAAUUGACUCGUAGUUAUGCAAUGGCUUUUUAAAAAAUAAAUAAAAAUAGAAGUAGGGUUGAUAUUAAGUCAUUUGCAAUAUAAUUUAAUUAAAAUAUUGUAAUGAUAUUGUAAUACUUACAUGUUAUGUACAUAUAAGAUUUUUUGAAAAGUUUAUACUUUUUGCCAUUUCAUACGUUCAUUAAUUAUGCACUUUAGUAUUUUCAUCAUAAUUCUUUUUUAAA